AUGAAACUUGUUGUUCUUUUACUUGUAGCAGCCGCACUUUGCUUUGCGGUAUCCAACGUCACAGCUCAAAACCUCAAUUUCACAAAUUGUAUUGCUGUGGGUGGUCAUGUAUUCCAAUGGUCAAUAUUCAAAGGAGGUGAUAAUCAGAAUUACAUUCGUGCUCGUUUAAUUUACCAAGGUGGUUACAGUGGUUGGGGAGCUGUUGGUUUCAGAUAUGGCAGAGAUUAUGAAUUACCCUAUGAUCCAGACAAUGGUGAACCACUUGGUAAGAUGGGUAGCGACAAGUACAAUUCUCAUAUCUAUCUGGGAUACAGAAAUCCAAACACUGAUGCUCAUGGUCUUGCCGAAUAUUUGGCAAGUAGUAACACACCACCUCGAAACGCUGGAGGCUCAACUACUACCACUUCCAUUGUCCGUACAGCAGUGAAGGGUGCCAUGCAUAUUUACUUUGAGCGUAGGCUUGUUCUUGGGGUUGCCCAAAAAUUUGACUUUAAUGCUUCCCGUACGGAUGCUGAUUUAUUGAUUGCAGGUUCGAAUGGAUCUCCAAUUUUGAGUCCUAGCAAUUUGGAUGAUAACAACAAGCAUAAUUUUGCAAGACUUGUCAAGAUUAAUAUUGCAAGUGCUUCCAGCGAUGGUUCAUGCAAUGGAAUGACAAUCCCUACAGAUAUGCCUGCUGCCAGAGCUAUAGUUGUUCCAAGUACCAACAAUGAACCACAAAAUCCUCCACAGCAAGAGGCAUCUUCGAUGAGUCGAGUUGCAUUUGUUUUGUAUGUGUUGGGUGGUGCUGUUCUUGCUCUUUUGAUUGGCAAGUUUUAA